AGAAUUUUGUCACUAGAUGGAGUUUCUUUCAAAAAUUCGCCAAUCGGCCACCAUUGUUGGAAGUGAUUUUACAGCAUUUUGUCGAAACUUGUUUAAUUUGUGAUAGUUCUCGGCAAAAUACAAAGUUAAACUCGAAGGAUCUGCACACGUCGUAAGGGAGAAGAGUUACGCGGGCGAAGGCUUGAAUAUUGCCGGCAUCAUUAUGGUGGACUGAGAGGGUGUUUGUUGUGGGACUCAGCUGGACUCGCGUCGAGAACCGCCAUGUCCGGCUCGCAGCACAACCCCAACGGGCGGCAGUCGCAACUGGGCUCUAGCUGGAGCCCCCUGCAGGUGUUGCAGAUGGCUAACCUGCUGGCGCGCGCGCCCCAGGCCCACAUGGCCUCCGAGCGCGGCGUGACGUGGCACACGCCCACCCCCCCGCCGCACCUGUACCACGUGCCGCAGCCCUCACCCCCUGAUCCGCUGCAGGCCAUGAAGGGCGCGGGCAACUCGGUGUUCCGGCACACGGCGACGCCGCCGGAACUGUACCGCCACACGCCCACACCGCCCGACAAGCAUCUACUCAGACAUACUCCGUCGCCUAGCGACGUGAAAGCUGGCGCCGCGUUGCCUCCGGCGGACUUAUACGCACACCUGGGACCGGGGAGAGAGAAACUGAUGCGCGGCGCGGAGGUGGGUCCGGGCGCGUACGGGCGCGGCGUGGACCUGUCGCUGGGCGCGCGCGCCAACGGAGCCGCCCUCUCCGUGCGCGACGCGCCCACCAUCAACUCCCUCAUCGCCCGCGCGCCCCGCCACCACCGCGUCGACGAGCUGCUGGAGCGCCUCGCCCCCGCCGUCGCCGUCCCCGUCGCCGCCCCGCACAGCGUCAUCGUCACCGCGCGCGCCACUCCCACCCCCGACCCCACACCCUCCCCGCCCUCCGACAACGAGGACUCCCCCGACUCCACCCUGGCGACCAAGCGGAAGAGAAAACCCGACCGCACCAUCCGCGUCCCCUCCCUGCCGCUUCCGCUCCCCCUCCCCCACCCCCACCCCGUCGCGGUGUCCCCGCCCCACCGGCCGGGGGAGGUGAACGGCUCUUCGCCGGCGCCGCCCCAGCCGCCGCCGGAGCCCCCGGUGCGGAGAAAAACGCGCUCCGGCUCCGCGGAGACCAUCGACGAUAUCGCUGCUAUGAUCGCCAGUACGGACCAAAAGGUGGAGGAGCCUGCGCUGAAGGAACCAGAAAAGCCUGUCGAACCACUCGUUACCAUCGACAAGCUGAAAAGCGUGCUCGCGAGCGACUCGGAACACAAGCCGGACGAAGCGCCCAACUCCCCGCCGAAGGUUCAGCAGCAGAUGGAAGUGACCCCGGCGGAUCCCUUGCCCAUGCCCUCGGCCGCGCCCCCUCCGGCCGCGCCCCCGGGGGCACCGUCGGCGGGGGCGGGGGCGGCGGCGCCCCGCCGGCGCGCCCUCCGCGCCUCGCCCUCCGCCUCCACCAACGCGCCCGUGGAGUCCCCCUCGGAGGCCAAGCCCGCCGAGCCCGGCGAGCCCGCGCAACCCGCGCAUCCCGCCGAGCCCGCUCAGCCCGAUGAACCCAGCGCUGCUAGCUUUGUGGAGGUCGAGAACCAGCUGGAGAAGAUGUUCGCGGGGAUCGAGGAGGGUCCGGUUAAUCAAGAAGGCGACCAACCAGUAGAAAAAGAGAAACCUCAAACCGCGAAAGCGCGGAAGCGGCGAAAAUCGGCGCCGACCAAGGGCGAGAGGAAAGCCAUGCGCCGCGCCUUGCGCGCCGACACCGGCGACAAGAAGAAGCCGGGCCGCAAGGCCAAGGACAAGGACGCCUACGACUCCGGCAGCAACGCCAGCUCCGGCCGCUCCAGGGGGCCCUACGUGCAGAUCCGCGGUCCGCGCGACUCGCCGCUGUCGGUGUCCGUGAUCAACGCGGCGACGGGCGAGGACGAGGAGCCCGCGCGGCGCAAGGACGACUUCCGCAACGGCCUGCGCACGCGCGGCCUGCACUGCAGCACGCUCGGCUUACGGUACGACGCGACCACGCCAGACGCGACGUGGCUGUGCGUGUUCUGCGAGCGCGGGCCGCACGCCGCCGGGCUCGGGGACCUCUUCGGGCCCUACCCCCUCGACACCGACUGCGACGAGUACAGAGCAUUGGACGAGGCGACGCGACGAAAAUAUGAAGCGGGCGGCUCCGCCUGGCUGCACGAGGCUUGUGCAGUGUGGGCGCCCGGACUACUCGCCGCCGGCGCCAGGCUCUGGGGACUCGCCAGCGCGGUGUGGUCGUGCCGCGCCACGCGCUGCGCGGUGUGCGGCGGCGGCGGCGCGGGGCUGGCGUGCAGCGCGCGCGCCUGCCGCGCAUGCGCACACGCGCCCUGCGCGCGCAGCCACGCCUGGACGCUCGACCACGACCUGUUCCGCGCCACCUGCCCGAGGCACACCCCGCCCAGCUAAGGGCGCGGGGGGGUCGGUCGACCGAGUGCGGCUACGGGAACGGGAACGGGAACGGGAACCUAGUGAUGUGCAGUGGAACAUAUGGUGCGGAGGGACGUUCGACUUAUUGAGAGAUACGACUUUGCGUAUGGAGGUGCGGCCCGUUAGGCCAAAAAGUGUGACCCCGCUUCGAUCGAGAGGCCGCGUGCGCGAGCUCCCGCUGCCGCGAGAGGCCGGGAGCGGGGUCCCUUGUUCGAUAAAUUAAUACUACAAUGUAUAGCAUAGCGGCAAAUCUAGGAGAAUUAAAUGCUAAAAAACGCGUCGUUCUCUUAUGGAAAAAUGAAGCUUCUGUAAGCUUUACAAAACAUUUUUAUAUUCAUUCCUACUUCUACUUAGUUCUAUUAAAAUAAAAUCAAAAUAAAACCAUGAAUGUCAAAAUUCUGUAAAAAAAUAUAUGUAACAAAACGCGGCAGGUCCGCAUGGCAACCGCUCCGUUUCAGGUAUUACAUUACGCUUAGCUUUUUAAAUUAUGACUAUUUAUGACGCGCCGCACCUCACUCGACAUCUACUUUAUACCAAACUCAAGUAUCCAGUCAAACUUGAAUAUGGUACCACCUAUUGAGUGCAGUUAACUUACAAGCCUACUUUCGGUAAUAGUACAUUACUAUAGAGGCCGGGAAACGAAGGGUUGCAGGGCAAGUAGAUAUAGACGGCCGAGCGUAGCGAGGACGACAGGGAUACGCGGCCGGCAACCCCGUUUCUCGUCUGAGAUUUGCAUAGUGCUUUUCUCAAACUUGCAAUGAAAUAUCCAUAGGCUACGGUGGCCAAAAUCGAGAAAAAACUGUCUAAUAACUGAAUUUAGCUUGAGCAAGUCGCAGGGCCUCAUGAGUUACGAGAAGGUGUCGUUGACCAACCCGCGGCUGCUGCUUAAAAAGAAAGAAGAUCGCUUUACAGGCAGGUGUGUUUAGGCUGUAUGAAAUUCCUUUACAUAACAUCUUCACUCAUCGCACCGGACCGUAGUAAUUACGGACCUAAUUUGAAGUAAGUCAUGUCAACAUUUCACUGCAAGUUUGAGAAAAGAUGUUUUACUGAAUGAGUACUCUGAACAUGUUUAGUUUAAGUGAGCUUAAGUGACGAAUUCGCUUGCGCGCAACUCUUGUGAUAUGAUUUUACUGCAACUUAUGAUUGCCCUUUUGAUGUAUUUAUGUCUUAGACUUUAUUUUUGCGCCCUUUUUUAUUUUAAUUAAGUUUUUUGUAAAUUUGGAAAGUACUCAUAUCUGAUGAUGGAAUCUCUGUUACCUAUGAUUUGACGUUGUCGUCAAUAUUUAUUAGAGGGAUGGUUCCGAUAUUAGCUUUGCACCGUUUAAGGUGUGUUUAGGUGUAUAAGUACAUCUAGAUACAGUGGUAAAUGUAAGCAAAUUAUGUAAUGCCAGUAUUGAGUGUGCUUUGUGAGAAGUUAUGUGUAUUGCAGUAGUAUCUUAAAAAGACAUUAUUAUGAAUAUUGCUACAUUGUAAAAGCUUUAUAAAUGAUAACAAAAAAACCGGCCAAGUGCGAGUCGGACUCACGCACGAAGGGUUCCGUACCAUUACGGAAAAAAACAGCAAACAAAUCACGUUUGUUGUAUGGGAGCCCCAUUUAAAUAUUUAUAUUAUUCUGUUUUUGGUAUUUGUUGUUAUAGCGGCAACAGAAAUACAUCAUAACAUUUAAAACUUUCGCGGUUUGAACACAUACUAAAUCACAUUUAAAAACGGGUCUAUCGCGAUUUUAUUUUGUUACCUUUAUUUACCGACGUUUCGACACAGGUUUCACUGGUCGUGGUCGCGGCUAACUGACGUCCCAGCAAAAUGUCAAAACAGAGAUUUGUGUGACUACCCCACGAAAAGUGCAUUUAAAGUUUGAGGUAGACAUCACAUUUUCAAACCAACCCACUACACAUAAAAGUUAAUUAUUGUCAAUAGUCCGACACACAACACUCACAACAUCCGCGCACACAUCCGAAGAUAGAUCCCUUGGCUUUAACUUCUGGAUCACUGGUCCCCAAGUUGCCGAUAAGUUAAAAAUCUUCCCUAUUAAAAUUUCUGGGGUGCUUCUUGAUUUCAAUCGCUUCUCGCACAACUCGAGGAUAAUAAUGAUAAUAAUAAUAGAAUAAUUUAAAUAGGGGGGGGAUAAUUUUAAUAGGGAAGAUGGUUUUAACUUAUCGGCAACUUGGGGACCAGUGAUCCAGAAGUUAAAGCCAAGGGAUCUAUCUUCGGAUGUGUGCGCGGAUGUUGUGAGUGUUGUGUGGCGGACUAUUGACAAUAAUUAACUUUUAUGUGUAGUGGGUGGUUUGAAAAUGUGAUUUCUACCUCAAACUUUAAAUGCACUUUUCGUGGGGUAGUCACACAAAUCUCUGUUUUGACAUUUUGCUGGGACGUCAGUUAGCCGCGACCACGACCAGUGAAACCUGUGUCGAAACGACGGUAUAUAAAGGUAACAAAAUAAAUUCGCGAUAGACCCGUUUCUAAAUGUGAUUUAAUAGAAAUACAUCAUUUCUGAAAAUUUCAACUGUCUAGCUAUCACGGUUCAUGAGAUACAGCCUGGUGACAGACAGACAGACGGACAGCGGAGUCUUAGUAAUAGGGUCCCGUUUUUACCCUUUGGGUACGGAACCCUAAAAACAGACAAGAUGUUAAACAAUGUGUGAUUUGACAUUCUAUUUAAUGUAUUUUUCAAAUAACUACUGUAAUUUAUAAUCAUUGAGCUACCAAGCCACAGUAGAAGCAUCAUAAGCAGCAACCUCACUUCAAACAAAACUUUACCUACCUGAUUAUACCUUGUAUGGAGUAUACUGUUUUUGCUGCGUCUACUGUGAUUACGCUAAGUCUACUGCCGUUUGAUCCGUAAGCAAUAAAACAUUUUUUUUUAAACGUUUUAUGAGCCAGUGGCUGUGUUCUUGAUGAGGUAUCAUGGCCGUCGAUGCUAAGCGAGGAGCUUCUACAACUGCGAUACAAAACUAUUCAACGUCCUGUAAAAAACCUGAACAAAUGCCAUAUAACUAGCAGUACUUGUACAGUCAUUAUGUAAGUCCAUAAACAUUAUGUAAUUAUUAUAAUAAAAAUAUCUGGGGAUAAAAUAUGAUGGAUCGGGCAUUAAAAUAUGUGCACUACAAUGAUUACUACGUUAUUUCUUCAAGGCAGCUAUGCUUCACUUUGAUAAUACUUUGUUUAAAACUGGUUGGUUAUAUCUAUGCCUUUUUUUUUUCUUUUCAAUCUUAUAUUCUCAAUUCCGAGAUUUACAUUAAUUCUCUGACUAUAGACGCAGCCUCUAACUACCAUCUCCCAUACUCCUCGCUUCGCUCGUCGCCUCAUUUCACCCAUAGACCUUUGUUACGAUUAAAUGCAUGUAUAGACAAUUUGUAGAUAAUGUUAACAUAAUAUAUUAUCCAAUUUUCGGAAUCCGGAAAAAUAUGUACAGAAUAUUUUACAUAUACAUUAAAAUUUAACAGUGAAUAGGUGUAAUUUUUUUAGUAAUCGGAAUUUUAGAAUUAUGUAAAUACUAUUGUCCCUUUAGGAUGACUAGGACUGUAAAUAUAGUUGUAAUGUAAAUAGCAGUUAUCGUGAGGACAUCGGGACACCUAUCGAAGGUAUAUUUAGCAAAUGGAACAGUAUUGCAGGCAACUAUGAGGUUUACAUUAUUUGUGGCUUUCAACUGCGGCCUUGGCUAUGAUGGAGGUAUAACGACCAUAAUAUAAUUAUCUUAUUAAUUUACUUAGCUGUUGUAACUUGUAACAUACGCGCUCGAAAGGAAUAAUUGUGUAGAAAAUACUAUUUAAAAAAUUGUACCGUAUUGUACUUUCAACAAAACACGUAUUUCAGCAAAUUAAAAAUUCAAUUUAAUAAUGAAAUAGGUACAAAGUCAUUGUAAUAACUAUCCAAAAUGUGUUGUGCACAACUAUUGAUUUAUAUUAUAUAUAUAGAAAGUAUUACCGAUAUUCAUCAUGUCAUGAUCUUUUAAAUAUUAUUACAAUCUUUACGUAGUUUUUUUUUCAAGUGGCUCUUCCGAACUUGUAAAACGUUCCAAAUAUGUAAACCUCAUCUAAUACCUAUCAACAAGGCCAGAGAACUGGCAGGUAUUCCUGCUUAUGAUAUUUUACGGUUCGGUUAUAAGUUAUUAAUUAGACAUAAACGGGUGAAUCAACUUUUAGAACACUGAUUCCGUGCUUUAGACUCCCUAGCAAAGAAAAAUCGAUUUUUCAAAAACCAUGUUGAUUUUUUUUUACUUUUUUGUUUACAUGGUCAUUAUUAGAUCCAUAAGUAUUAAUUUACACAAUAAAAUUAACAACUUGAUCAGAUAAAAGUUACAUUGUAAUAACAUGGUUUUUGAAAAAUCGAUUUUUCUUUGCUAGGACACGAAACCAAGUGUUGUAAAAGUUGAUUCACCCAAACACAUAUCUAAAAAAAGACAUAAAACUAAAAAGUCAUUAUUUAUCAACCACUUUAUAAUUAUUAGGAUACUGUUGUUAGAUAAUAUUUCGAUAUUUAUACACAUGCAUCGAAUCUUCAUCAUACACCGUAAAAUAUUGAGUGGAAAAAUAAUUGCCAUGUUCUAUCCUUGUUGCUGGGGCCAUAAAAAACGUUCGCAUAGACGUGUAACAAGGCAGUGAUAUUAUAUAACUAAUAAUAUUAUAAAUGCGUUACAUUCGUGUAAUGUUAUAUUUUAUGUACACCAUACAACUUUUCAGUUGCCAUUUUAGUAUCAAAACUAGUCUAAUGUUAGUAUCUUGUGAUUUAUAAAAAUUAUAAAAAAAAUCUGGGGUCUAUUAAUAAUACAAUUAUCUUUUAGCUUCAUAUAGGUAUGUCGAUCAUAUAUUGUUGAGAAUAAAUUAAAUACACAGUUAUGUGUAGUGAUUCUGAUUAUACUUAAUGGUUAUUUGUACCAAGAAUUUUACGCUUAAAAUGUAACUGAAAUACCUGAAAUUGUGUACGCUGUUUGAUUUUGAAUGUAAUUAUUUGAAACCUAGCGUUAUGUGAAACAUAAAGAUUGAAUUCAAUCUCUUUGGCGAGAAAUGUUGACGCAGGUAACAAACAAUGUAAUUAUAAUGAAAAUGUGAACAAACGUAAGCCUAAGUAAAAAUAACUUAAAAUAUAAAUCAUGUUGUAUUUUAAUCAAAAACACAGCAUUCAGGGAAUCAAAUCAUUUGGUAUUCAGAAAUGAAUAUAAUAAGAGAUUUUUUACAGUCUUAAUUUAUUAUAUUAACAAACAUUUAAAACAUGACUUAAAUAAUACAUAAAACGUAGUCGUGAUUCAUUCCCAGUAAAGUAUACAUUUUAAUUUGAUCGUUUUGAAUAAAAUAUAAUUUAUUAUCAGGCAACUAAGGCCUAUAGAUACAUACCUCACAAACUAACUUACAUACAAUAAUACAAAUCUAACUAAAGCAAAACGUGGGCAUUUUUAUAGAAUAGAUAUUUUAAUAUGUAAAAUAAUUGCGUGGUGGCAUAAAUACGCCAGGAAUUGGCAAGACAAUUUCAUCAAAAUCAAACGCGUAAUCAAAAUGGAAGGCUAUUUCGUAUAAGAGGGUACGAGCUAUCAUAGCGUGCGCGCGCGCUUCAUAAAUUAAUCAUGUACUUUAAUUCCAAGGAUAGGACAUAGACUGUAUUUAGUAAAAAAUAUUAAGGUACAAAUUUACGGUAGGGAGAUCUGGCCAGUUAGAAUUUUUAAAAUUUACGAAGCAAUGUACGGAUAGCUACCCAAAGCCUUGGUUUUUGUAAAUGGUGUAAGAUUUUUUUUUCACUUACGGCAAAUGAUUACUUUAUUAAGUAUGUAAUUGUUAUAAAUUAUAUUUAUCAUGACAUUAUAAGCAAAUUGAAAUACAACAUGUUUAAAAUGAA